GGUAGGGUUUAGGGACUGAGUGAACGAGUAAACGAUUUUAGACGCAACCAUCCGGUAAUAUGCGUCGAUCCAAGUAUCGCAGAAAACAUCGCGAGAUUAGGGUCGCUUGGUAACUGUACAUCACAUAGCUUUCAUGGAGAGGUCUGGGCGACAGAAGACUCAGCUGAUCACCAACCAGCCAUACGACGAGUCUCUGGACAUCAACGACACAGAGGAAGUGGCCAGUUUAUACACACCUACUCCACGGCAAGCAGUCUUGAAGAACACAAGCCGACAGCAGCUGACUAACAUGGCUAAUAGUGGUAGUGAUGAGUUUGAAGAUGUUACUAAGAAAAAGAAGAGUCCACUUGCUAGUUCACGUGAAGCAACCGAAAAUAAUGACGACGAAGAUGAUGAUGACGAUGAUGAUGAUGAUGAUGAUUCUGAUGAAACCGAGUCAGAUGAAGAUGAUGGAGAGCCAGGUUUAGCUCCGGAAGGCGCGUACGAUCCGGCGGAUUAUGACCAUCUUCGUGUCACCUCAGAAAUUAAAGAACUUUUCCAGUACAUCACACGAUACACACCACAGACUAUUGAAUUGGACCAUAAGCUGAAACCUUUUAUUCCUGACUUUAUUCCAGCUGUAGGCGACAUUGAUGCUUUCCUUAAAGUUCCUCGGCCGGAUGGAAAGGUGGACGGACUGGGCUUGCUGGUGUUGGAUGAACCCUGUGCUAAGCAGUCAGACCCCACAGUGCUCUCCCUGUGGCUUUCAGAGAACAGUAAACAACACAAUGUGACUGAGGUAAAAGUGAAGAGCAUUGAGAACCCUCAGAAGAACCCAAAAGCUAUAGAUAACUGGAUUGAGAACAUCAGUGACCUACAUCGCUCCAAACCACCUGCGACUGUACACUACACAAGACCAAUGCCAGAUAUCGAUACCCUGAUGCAGGAGUGGCCACCUGAGUUUGAGGAACUUUUAAACAAGAUGAACCUUCCAACAGCCGAUAUCAGUUGUGACCUUGCAGAAUACAUUGACAUCAUUUGUGGUAUCUUGGAUAUUCCGGUGUAUAAGAACCGAAUCCAGUCUCUCCAUGUCCUGUUCACACUCUAUUCGGAAUUUAAAAACUCCCAGCAUUUUAAAAAUUUGGCAGAGGGCCGCAAGUCCAACGCGUCAUCCAGUCGACAUGUUGCUACUGCAGAAGCUGAGACGUUCAAGCUAGAGUGAUCUAUCUCUGUCUCUCCUACCCUUUUGCUCUCCCUCCCUCCCUCCCUCUCUCUCUCUCUCUCUCUCUCUCUCUCUCUCUCUCUGCCACUCUUUCUCUCUCACUCACACACAUGCCCGCACAUAACCCUAACCCACAAAGACCCUAUAGAAGAGCCGUUAAGCACCACUCCACACCCACCCCUCCCAAGUGUCAGCAGCAUUCAUUUAAGUUGUCAGUAUGAUUUAUAAUUUUUUUUAUAAGGUAUUUUCUGUAUAUAUAAUAUAAAAUAAUAUACUUUUUACCAACUGUAUGUAUUGCUACACCUUUUUCUCUGUGCCUUGAUUUUACAAAUAAAAACCUUUUUCUCUCAGACUGA